AUAUUUUUUAAACCUAAAAAACUAAAUAAAACACCCGUCAAAUCUGUUGAAACCACCACCUAAUUCCUGUUCCUGCGUAGCAAUCCCCAAUUCUCGCGGUGGAACCGAUGGAAGCGGCGGGCACCUGCGAGAUCACGCGCCUGCCGGAGGAGCUCCUCUCGGCGGCGCUUGCCCUCACCACGCCGCGGGACGCCUGCAGCGCCGCCGUGGUAUCCCGGGACUUGCGAGCCGCGGCAGACUCCGACGCCGUCUGGUCCCGCUUCGUGCCGCACGACCUCCCGUCGCUCGCCGAUGGGGAGUUCUGCGACCCCGCGCCGGCGUCCGCGAAGGGGAGGUUCCUCCGCCUCUCCGACUCCCACCGCCCUCUUCUCCUCGCCGACGGCCUCAUGAGCAUGUGGUUGGACAGGGAGACCGGAGCCAAGUGCUACAUGCUCUCGGCAAGGUCGCUGCACAUCUCCUGGGGAGACACGCCCGAGUACUGGCGCUGGAUUCCUCUCCCCGACUCCUGCAGGGUUUCAGAAGGUGCUGAACUCCGUUUUGUUUGCUGGUUGGAGAUACGUGGCAGGAUACACAGCAAAAUGCUCUCUCAGGACACAACUUACGCUGCUUACAUUGUAUUCAGAUUAGGUGAUAAAACAUACGGGCUUGAUUACCCAGCCCAAGAGGCAUCCAUCACCGUUGCAGAAAGCACAUCAACUCGCAAAGUCUGCCUCCAAAGCAGCGUUAAUGAGGAUGAGGAUUGGGCAGGGUUCGGGGAUCCAUUGAGUAGAAGAUACCAUCGUGCUUGUUGCGGACACUUGGUGUUCCCUGGAAAAAGAAGUGAUGGUUGGAUGGAACUGAAGCUGGGUGAGUUGUACGUCAAGGACUGUGACACUGGUGAGGUCUGCAUGAACCUCAUGGAGACAAAAGUAUGCGGUCCGAAAGGAGGACUUCUUGUCCAGGGCAUCGAGAUUCGACCAAAGAAAGGCCUGCUUGCUAGCAGUAGUGCCAUGUCCAAGUCGAAACACCAAGCCGGGGGCGAGGAACAAGCAGCAACGACGACGUCGACGGUUGCCUGUGAGAUUGUGCGCCUGCCGCAGGAGCUCCUCAUGAAGGUGCUCUCCCACAUCACGCCACAGGACGCUGCCCGCGCCGCUGCGGUUUCUCAGGCUUUCCGUGCCAUCUUGGACUCUGACGCAUUCUGGACCCGCUUCGUGACCAGCGUUCACAACCUCCUCCUGUUCCACUACAACGGGCAGACACUGUCCCAGAAGGAGAUGUUCCUCUGCCUCUCUGAUCGCCCCAUCCUAAGUGUUACCCGCCGCAUGAGCAUGUGGUUGGACAGGCAGACCGGCGCCAAGUGCUACAUGCUAUCCGCUAGGGCGCUCAACAUUGCAUGGAGCAGGAAACCACAGCACUGGCGCUGGAUCAUCCAUUGCACGGACCGCAGCUUUUCCCAAGCAGCCGAGCUCCUGAGCGUUUGCUGGUUCGAAAUACGUGGCAAGAUAGAUAGCGAAAUGCUGUCCCUGAACUCGACCUAUGCCGCUUUUCUUGUGUUCAAGCUGGAUGAUGAAUCAGCACACAGGCGGGAUUUCCCCGUCCUGAAAGCAUCAGUUAGUAUUGGAGGAUGCAAAUCAACCCGCCAAGUCAGCCUGCAUGGAUCAGACGGGGAUGAGGAUGGCCUGCCAUCGCACCCUCAGCAAAGGGCUGACGGUUGGAUGGAACUGGAGUUGGGCGAGUUUUACAAUAAACAAGGUAACGACGGCGAGGUGUGCAUCCGUCUAUCAGAGACAGCAGAAUUGAAUAAUAAGAAAGGCCUCAUUGUGUAUGGGAUGGAGAUUAGACCCAAAAAAUAAGACUUGACGGCUUAUAGGAAAUUGAUCAAUUGUUUGUCUCACAAGCAGAUUUUUUUUUUCUUACUGUAUUGCUUCAUUACAAUAUCCGACGACUUGUCAAAAUCACGGCUUCUCAGAAGCUGCUGCCGUUUCAGAAAAAAAAAGCUGCUGAACU